AUGAGCAUGAAGGUGGCCUCCCAGAAACAGCUGGGGAUCAGGCAGGUGCACAGGAUAGCAAUGAUGCAGGGAAGGUCAUUGGCAGCAUCAGGGUUGUGCAAUAAGGUCGCACCGCUGAAAAUCGUUCACAGAAAGCCCCACGGUACGACUAGGUGCUACGCAGCGGCAGCACCGGCGCAAGCUCAGCAGAGCCAGCAGCGAAACCUGUACGCAAAUUACGCCAUCUACAAGGGCAAAGCAGCGGCCUCAUUUCGGGUCAGAAAACCAAGGUGGGUGGAGGCCCAGGAUGGCAGCAUAAGCUUGGACAGGGCUGGCAGCUUGAUCGUAGAAUUUGCGCCAGUCGCCCCAGGAUCCGGCACAAAUGUGGGCAACCGGAGCUAUCAAUGGGACAAGAAGCAGACCUUUGCUCUGAGUCCUGUGGAGCUGGCGGGCUUGGUGGAGUCCUGCACCACCGGCAAGUCAAUGAAGGAGCUCUUUCACGAUCCCAACAAGGGCGGCACGGACAGCGGGAAGAUAGCCAAGACGCUGUCGCUGCAGCGGUUUGACCAGGGGCAGGAUUGGUACCUCCAGCUGGCAGUCAAGGACAGUGCCAGCAAGGACGGCAGCGCAACCAUGGGCCUCCCCAUCACCGGCGCUGAGCUGUACACCCUCAAGAGUCUGUCAGAGUUUCUGAUUCCGCGGCUCCUGGGGUGGGAUGAGGUGUUGGCAGAGCCUGAGCUGGUACCUGCCAAUUCCUAUGGGUCCAGGCAGUAG